UCAUUUUCAAGUUCAAUAAUAUCACACCACAUGACAGUAAAAAAGUAAAAAUUCAAGAAAACGUGUCACUAACUUCGAACUGUAGCAGAUACAAUAUAAGACGUCACGAUGAAUCGUAUAGAUACAACCAUGGAUGACAUGGCUAACACCAAGUUUUUAACCCUUUACAGUAGCCUGAUUAAGCAGUUCACCGCAACGACGGAGUUCACAAACACUGAAGUCGUUUGUCUGCUGAUAAUAUACUACAAAUUUGUACAAAUUAACGGUCCCUCAGCCAAGCAAAUGAAGAAGAAACAGAUGUACAACUUAUUCUUGGUACUUUUUCGGAUCUACGACAUGAGUAUUAUAGAACGCAUAUUACUAAAUAUUACAGCGGAUGUUAGCUUCAUUGGUCCAGAAGCCUGGAUGAAAUUGUUUUCCGUAUUUCUGAGCAAAAACCUGGAAGAACGCAUGCAAUUUGCUUAUAAAGUCUAUACAACUUCUUCUUCUGGCACAUUGAAUCGUGAAACUGUCGGCAUGGCUAUUAACAAUUUCUUUGUUGGCGAAGAUGACGAUGAAGUCAAGGAGUUGCAAGCGGACAUGUGCGAGUUCAUAUUCAAUAAAUUUGAUUUGGAUAAGGAUGGCACAAUCUCAUACGAAGAAUACUAUGAAGUAGUCAGCAAUCAACCUGGACUUCUGGAAUUUCUGGGACAGGUUUUCCCAGAUGUAUCCGACCGAACUAUCAUUGCAUAUUGCGGAAACAUAGCGACCUUUUUCCCUGGUGAAGAUUAACCUUAAAAUGUAAUAUUAGGAUAAAGUUUAUCCUUAUAAAUAAUGACUUCGAAUGAGACUGAAACAGCCGCCAAAGCAGAUUGAUGAUUUAAGAUUUUUCAUUCCAAUUUCAAUUUACGAAAUUUCUUUAAAUAAAUUUCGUUAACUAAAAAGAACUUGAUAUCUGUGUUGAGUCUGUCAAGAUGAAAAGAAUUUUCUGUCGGCACCCUAGAGCAAGAGAAAUAAUCAUUAAUGAUUAGAAAAUUGGAUAUUCAUUGAAGGGUACAAAAUUACGAAAGGUGUUUUCAACAAAAAGGUGAACGAAUUUCUAGUUUUUCAAAAUUUAUAAUGUAUUUUCAUAGUUGUCAAUGAAAACCAAAAUUUUUAAUUUUAAUUAAUUUAUUCCAAACAAAUAUAUUGUUAAUUGCAGCAUAA